CGUCCGUUUCCGUCUCUGCAUUCCCAUAGGUAGGCGGCCUGGCGCUUUCGGGCCGAGGGGAAGAGGCGCAUCUGCGGCCCAUGUCAGGCACCGGGCUCUGGAGAUGGCAGCUCAAAAAAUAAACGAGGGGCUGGAGCACCUCGCUAAAGCAGAGAAAUACCUGAAAACUGGUUUUUUAAAAUGGAAGCCGGAUUAUGACAGUGCUGCUUCUGAAUAUGGAAAAGCAGCUGUUGCUUUUAAAAAUGCCAAACAGUUUGAGCAAGCCAAGGAUGCCUGCCUGAGAGAAGCUGUUGCACAUGAGAAUAACAGGGCUCUUUUUCAUGCUGCCAAAGCCUAUGAGCAAGCUGGCAUGAUGUUGAAGGAGAUGCAGAAACUACCAGAGGCCGUUCAGCUGAUUGAGAAAGCUAGCAUGAUGUACCUGGAAAAUGGCACCCCAGACACAGCAGCCAUGGCAUUGGAGCGAGCGGGGAAGCUUAUAGAAAAUGUGGAUCCAGAAAAGGCUGUACAGUUAUAUCAGCAGACAGCUAAUGUGUUUGAAAAUGAGGAGCGCUUACGACAGGCAGUUGAAUUACUAGGAAAAGCCUCAAGAUUGCUAGUACGAGGACGCAGGUUUGAUGAGGCAGCACUCUCUAUUCAGAAAGAAAAAACUAUUUAUAAGGAAAUUGAGAAUUAUCCAACAUGUUAUAAGAAAACAAUUGCUCAAGUCCUAGUUCAUCUACACAGAAAUGACUACGUGGCUGCAGAAAGAUGUGUCAGGGAGAGCUAUAGCAUACCAGGGUUCAAUGGAAGUGAAGACUGUGCUGCACUGGAACAGCUUCUUGAGGGAUAUGACCAGCAAGACCAAGAUCAAGUGUCGGAGGUCUGCAACUCUCCACUUUUCAAGUACAUGGACAAUGAUUAUGCUAAACUGGGCCUGAGUUUGGUGGUUCCAGGAGGGGGCAUCAAGAAGAAAUCACCAGCUACACCACAGGCCAAGCCUGACGGCACCACGACCACAGCUGCUGAGGAAGAGGAAGACGAGUACUCAGGAGGACUGUGCUAGCAUUUUACUGUGCAAGAAAGAACAGGAAGAAGAAGAGAAAAAAUUCUGACAUGCCAUUUCAUGGACUUGGAACUUUGGAUAUUCCAUACUUCAUUACGGUAGUUAUUUGAAUGCAAAUUAAGACUGUAUUUUUCAGUUACCAUUUCCCCAAAUCACCCAUCUGUAUCCACUCCCUGUGAAGCAUUUUUUUCUGUUCAUGAUAAGAAGUUUAAGACACCAGCAAGAAUUAACGGAAAAUGUACUGUCGUGUUUCGAUGCAGUAGAUUUUAAAAUUUAUGAGCCAGAUUCUAGGCAGAUUACGUUCUAAACAAAUGAGGCAAUAGACGGGGAUGUUCUUCCCUUUUGGGAUCUUUUAAUCUAUUGUUGGAGAAGUUCCUUUUCAUUUUAUUUCAUAAUUGCUGCUAAAAGUAAGGUUUACUGCUAAAAAUAAGCAUUUAAAAAAUUUGUUUUGAAAGGAAAUUUAUACUUCAUGAUAUUACAUACAGUUAAACUGUUAAAUCUUUUCCGAGGUAAGAUCAGAACAGGAAGCUAUUUUGAGCCUGAAGUAUUAUUUAGCCCAAUAAAAAAAUGCAUUUAAGAUCUUAUAUGUGAGUUUGUAAAAUUUUAAGGUAGCAUGUUAAAUCAUUUUGUAAAUGUCUUCAGUUUAGGGCAUUUCUUUCACCUAAAAACAAAACAAAACAAAAAACAGUGACUCUCUCCAGACUUACUUGGUUCUUGACUAACUGGAAGCUGUGAAGACCUUUUUUAUGCAUUCUAAGAAGUAAUGUUUCUGUCAAUCCUGAUAUAUACAUUUCUAGCCACGAAAAUAAUUUCUAAUUUAUUUAGAGUCAGAACUAUUCUGCUUGACUAUAACUUGAACAUGGGAAAUGCUGUAUACUACAAAAAUUUAUGUGAAAGGGAAUAAUUGCUUUUGAAAGCCAUGUAUUUAAAACACUGUGCUGCCAGUGGUUUAAUCCUUUAGUAAUUUCCAAAAAUGUUAUUUUUGAAGGAUUCCUUUUUCACCCUGCGUGGCUUAGGCCCAUCUCAUAACCUGUUAAUUGGAAAGAGACUGCAGCCAGGGUCAGUGUGCGUUCUGCAGGCAGAUGCUGUCCCGGGUCGCUUCCUGCUUAGUCCCCCUCGGGCUGUACUUCUCACACCUUCCUGAGUAGAGUGUGCUGCUUUAGUUUUGCUGGGCUUCCGAGACACACUCGUCUAUUUAUCCUAAGCGCUUUUAGUCACAGUUGGUUCUGUGGGAGAGCUUAGAUAGAAUAACAGCCUCAUUUUGCAGGUGUGCUUGGGUAGAGAAUCUUUAUUGAAGGCCUGAUACAAAACACUAAUUUAAUGUUUUAAUUCCUUAAAUCACUUGCAUAGUUCUGCUGGUCGCAGCUCAUUUUCAGUAAUUGCAUCGGGAUUAACUAUGAACAAAUAAAGCUGUGUUCAGGCGUUUGUCCUUAAAGAGCUGUUAAUGUUUCAGAGAUCCCCUUGUUGCUGCUGUGCCCUUUAGAGUCUCUCAGAAGCUUCUGGAGUCUUACAUAAGUGCUGUCUCGAACUAGUUAAUCUGUUUAAACAGAUUUGGGUAGUGCUUUAAAUAUGUUUCAGAUCAUCUGUUCAUAGACCAUAUUAUCCAUUACCGCUUUGGAGAAGUUUUUUUUAGUUUUAGUCUUUCUUUCUUACAUACUGAAAACUUAAAAAAGAAAAAAAUAGUGCAUUCUGUAGCAGCAGUGUGACUGACCCUUAAACAGCAUAAAUGGCUGUAGAUGGGCGCUGCCUCCCACACACACACCUGGCCCAGAUUUAACAGCUAAUGUGCGGUACUUGGGUGGUUAUUUCUUUGGUAGUAGGGUUAGUCUGUGUGGUGUCUAGCCAACAGCAUAUGUUACAUAUUUAUUGCAUUUUAUUUUUUCCCUUAAUGUAAAUUCUUUAUCCUAGAAUAUAGUCAGCAGUGGAGAGCUUGAUGUUUACAACAGGAAAAAUUGUUCUUCAGAGCUCUAGCAUCAUGACCUUGACCAAAGUGGAAGUCUGCAUGAAUAUGCUCAGAAUCUAAUAUUCAAUGUUCUAUUGUAAGUGAAGUCAGUCUACAAAAUAUAUUUAAUAUAUUGAAUUUCUUUGUACAUAUGCAGAAUAUGGUAUUGAUGUAUGAAAUCUGCUUUAUUCCUAUUUUUCCCAGCUCUAUGAUGAGUAGAAUAUUAAAUGUUGUUAUAGAAAUGCAGAUUGUUACUUCUGUAUGAAGAUAAUUAUGAAAAUAAAAUCAAAGUAUAUAAAUAA